GGAACUGUCAGGUGGAUGUUUCUGGGUGAAAUCCUUUAUUUUUUCAUCUCGUAGUAACUUAGACUCGGCCGCGGCAGGAUGGAGUGCAUUUACCGGUUACCGUUCUUAAUCUUGGAAGUGCCUAACUUAAAACUAAAGAGACCGUCCUGGUUCGUGAAGCCUAGUGCUAUGAUAGUCUUCUCCUUCAUACUGCUAUCGUACUUCUUGGUGACAGGAGGAAUUAUAUACGAUGUAAUUGUUGAGCCACCCAGCGUAGGAUCUACGACAGAUGAGCAUGGUCACACGAGACCCGUAGCAUUUAUGCCUUAUCGCGUAAAUGGACAGUAUAUCAUGGAAGGUUUAGCCUCCAGUUUCUUGUUCACGAUGGGAGGAUUGGGCUUCAUCAUAUUAGAUCAAACGCAUGGUCCGUCAACGCCAAAACUUAACAGAGUUCUCUUGAUCUGUGUUGGAUUCCUUAGCAUACUUGUAUCAUUUACUGCAUGUUGGAUAUUCAUGAAGAUGAAACUUCCUGGGUAUCUACAGUCCUAAGUUAUAAGCGAUUGUGAAUUGGGAUAUUAUGAUGAAUCACCAUUUUUAUAUCAUAUUGUAUGAGAUAUCGUUACAAUAUACAGGACAUUGUAACAGAGGAUUGAUGAUUUUUGUAAUAAAGUAUAAUAUAAGCAAAACUGGAUA